AUGGCUAAUCAACAUAUGAGUACGAUUGAGCAGACCAUUUCAGGUAGCUUUGGCGGUACACUUAACCUGCCAAAGAUAUUCGAUAUCGGUGUGGAGGCCGGAUAUUCAUACACAUGGUCAACUUCUGAUGAGACAUCCACUUCCAGCACGGUGAUUUGCCCAGAGGGCGGGUAUACUUGCGGCAUGAUGGUCAAACCCAUCGUCGUGAAAAUCACGGGCGAGGUUUCAGAUGCCAGAGGUUGCCUCGUGACAGACGGGUCUGUCUACUACCCGUUCGAGAUUAUUGCUCCUUUCAAGGAGGGAGACAAUGACCCGCCCGAUAAGCUGAGAGCCGCAAUGGAAUUCAGCGCGUGCGUGCUGGACUGCGCGACGGCUGAGAGCUGCACCAAAUCUUUCGAAAUAGGUAUACCCCAGUGCCCGUCUGAGAGAGCCCCCGGGCAGUUUAGGAAUCACUUUGGAGGAACGCCAGGGUAUAUCUCGGUGGAUGAGGCCAAUGCGAAUGUUGACAAGAUUCGAAAUGGCGGUGGUUGA